AUGGCUCGCACGAAGCACCCGGCCGCGAGGAACACGAAGCAGCAUCCGAAGAAGAAGCUCCAGUGGACGGCGGCCGAGCAGGACACAGGCGCCGGCCCGAGCACGUCGGCGACACCGAGGCGAGGUGGGCGGAGGGCGGCCGCAGCGACGGCUCCAGGGGCGCCUGCGCAACCGAGGGUGAAGAAGCCGCACCGAUUCAAGCCAGGCACCGUCGCGCUGCGGGAGAUCAGGAGGUACCAGAAGUCCACCGAGCUGCUCAUCCCCUUCGCGCCCUUCGUCCGUCUGGUUAGGGAGCUCACUCGGGACGCGUCACUCGAAGUCACCCGCUGGACUCCUCAGGCGCUCCUUGCGUUGCAAGAGGCUGCAGAGUAUCACUUGGUAGACUUAUUUGAAAGGGCAAAUCUCUGCGCCAUCCAUGCAAAGCGUGUUACCAUCAUGCAAAAGGACAUCUAUCUCGCUAGGCGCAUCGGGGGAAGAAGGUGGUGA